AUGCCCAACACUCGAGAAAAACUGCCUGCUUCCCAUGAAAGAGUGCUCAAGGAUUCAAGGUUAAAUGUGUCUGUAGAUGAUGUAGAGCUUGCAGACAUCUACUCGUUGAUGAUUAUUCAUCUCAAUCUAACUGAAACUGUUAAAAAUUCCAAAUUUUCGUUCGGUUUUUCGACUAAUUAUCCUUACACAUUCCACGUUGCACAGGCACUUGAAGUGAUGAAAGAUAUGAAAAUUGCAGUUGAAUUUGGAAGCACUUCAACAUCUAUAUCGUAUUCUAUUCAAAAUGAAGAAUAUGGAAGAAAAUUGAUUAAUAGAUUCUAUGUCGGGAAUCUUUUGCAUUCACCGGCCGAUAGAACUCGAUCUGAACCCAAGGACGGGGUACUAUUGCAACCAACUCCUAAGGGGGUGGCGAUUUUGAACUCGUUUUGCGAUAGAAUUGGGAUUGAUAAAUCUAAAUACCCAGAUAUUAUAUUCUCUAAUUUCAAUUCUAUGCAUCUCAUUAAGUUGGUUCGUGAAUCUGGGGGUCAUGGGAAAAUAUUGUAUUCUAAAUAUUUCAUAUAUUUAUUAUUCAUUUGCAUGAUGGGUAACUCGCCUCAUAUUUGGUCUCCAAACGACAAACCCCCAACGUUUCAACUCAAAAUCACUAGAAAUGAUUCUAUCAACACCACCGCCACCACCGAAGAAUCAAUUCAAUCAUAUGCAUCUCGUUUAAAGCGUGAGAAUUCUCACCUACAAGGAGGAGUUCCAUUUAAAACUCAACAGUCACAAACUGAAAGCAAGUUGUAUAAUUAUCCAUUAUACCAUAGAUAUUUUACCAAUCCAGAAAGUGAUUCUCAUAUUCAUUAUUUUACAUGCUCCAAGGGUGUUCGUGUUUUCAAAAGCCGUGAAUUUCGACAUGCUGAUAAGACAAUCAAUGUCCUGUACUGUUUCUCUGGUAAAGCUAUCAAACAAUGGUUAUGUGAUUGUACCGACGUUCUAAAUCCAAGGUACGCUACUUCGUUUGCUGAUUUGAUGUUGCGCAUGAGGUUAAUUGAGCCAAUUAUUUACUCAAAAGCUAAUUUCGAAACCUUUUCAAGUGAUAGGGAUGCUUUCUAUCAGAUGAGUGCCUUAGGGAUUCAAGUUUGUCAUUGGGAAAAACAAGUACAGUCUGAUCUGGAAGAUUUGACUGCUAAUUCGAAUCUGAGUGUCGAAACCUUGGUUCCUAGAAGAGAUUGUAGCUCCAUUGGUUUGGCUGUUAUUAUGAGAGACCCUGGUUUGAGAUAUCUUUUCAAAGAACAUCUUGAGUCUGAGUUCUGUACGGAGAACUACCAAGUUUAUUGUCUUUUGAAGGAAUUUGCCUCCAAGGUGAAGUCAUACAAUAAACUUUUAACCAUACAUGAAACUUCUCCAAAUUUGAAAUCACAGCUUAAAUCAAUGGGAGAGAGUUGCUUGUCUCUAGCUUUUCAUAUAUACGUGAUAUUCUUAGCACCUGACUCACCAUCUCUUCUCAAUAUUAAUUUUGAGAUGCGUAAUCGUGUAACUGAACUAUUGGUGACCAAUGAACCGCUGUUGCAAAGCAAUCCAAAAAAGCAUUUAAAUGAAAUUGAAGAAGUGUUUGAUUCUAUUGGUGCCCAUAUCUAUAGACUCAUGGAAGUGGACACUUUACCAAAGUUUCUAAAUGGUAAGAUAUUUCAAGAUGCCAUGUUAACGAUUGAUAUCAGACAAUUUGACAAUGAUGAGUUAAAUUAA